AUGGCAACUCCGCAGGACAAAACAAGCCCUCCAGCCCGGGGUGACGGUCAGUCCGUUACAACGCAACCAAGUGCGCAGUCUACUCCGCCAGCAGAGACGGCACCAGCAAGCACGCCAAAACCACCCAGUACUCAGAAGCAGGCAAAGGAGAAACCAGUCGCCCCAGAGGGUACAGAGAAACUCUCGGGUGCUGAGCUGAAGAAGAGGGCAAAAGCUGAAAAGGCAGCGAGGCGCGCAAAGGAGAAACAGGAGCGCACUCGUCCCGCAAGUGAAGACCAGGAAGUGAGUGCUGCUGCUACCACCACUGCUGGCUCAGCUGGUUCCUCAGCUACUACCACUCCGCAAGGACCGUCGACUCCAAAGAAGACUCCCGUUGUCAAACAGGAAGCUGGGAAGACUCCAAGCAAAUCGUCUGUACAGAGACGUGGGUCGAUACAUACAUUGCCUACCCCGCCAGCGCCUGUAGAAUCAACGUCGUCCAAGAAGAAGAGAAGAGAGGUCGUUGACGAGAAGGUCGUUGCUGUCUUUGGUCAUUUGCCAUGGUAUACAAGGAGGACUGGCAUCGCGGGCGCAAACAAAGACGUUCAUCCGGCGGUUCUUUCGCUGGGGAUGCAAAUUAAGGACUACGUUAUCUGUGGCAGCAGUGCUCGAUGCGUUGCGACUCUCUUAGCAUUCAAACGGGUUGUUCAAUCAUAUGUCACACCCCCAGGGACGUCCUUGACCAGACACCUAACAUCACAUCUAGGUCACCAAAUCGCGUUUCUUGCAACAUGUCGACCGCUUGCAAUCAGUCAGGGAAAUGCAAUUCGUGCUCUGAAGCUGAUUAUAUCAUCUAUUGAUCCUGCUGUCCCCGAGCCGGAUGCCAAACAAGAAAUAUACGAGUUCAUUGAGAAUUUUAUUCGCGAGAAGAUCACUGUUGCUGGCCAGGUUAUCGCCAACAGUGCUGCUGAAAAGAUUGAUGAUGGAGAUGUCAUCCUCUGUUUUUCUGGCAGUAGUGUGGUUCAGAGAACUUUGCUCACCGCACAUAAACAGGGCAAGAAAUUCCGUGUCUCCAUCAUUGAUACCCGUCCUUUAUUCGAAGGGCGGAACCUUGCCCAAACUCUAGCCAAGGCUGGAUUAAGAGUUCAAUAUUCUCUCAUUAACGGGAUAAGCCAGGCUGUCAAAGAUGCGACGAAAGUUUUCCUCGGCGCGCAUGCUAUGACCAGCAACGGUGGUCUAUUUUCCAGAGUGGGCACUGCCCUAGUUGCUAUGUCUGCCAAAGAAAAAUCAGGAGGCAUGAAUAUUCCAGUGAUCGUCUGUUGUGAGACUGUUAAAUUUACCGAUCGCGUUGCUCUCGAUAGCAUAGUUGUCAACGAGAUAGCAGAGGCGGAUGAGUUGGUCGCAGCCGAACCAUCUACACAGCUUACGGACCUCCCUCCACCAGUCACGAAUAUUAAACCCGAAACAUCCAAGGGCUCUUCCUCCUCCGCCAUUGAGAUACCAGCACACCUAAAGAAUCCAAAACUACCCUUGGAAAACUGGCGUGAAAUGCCUAACUUACAGCUCCUGAACAUUAUGCAUGAUCUCACCCCAGCAGAGUAUGUGGACAUGGUUGUUACCGAGAUGGGGAGUUUACCUCCCAGCGCAGUUCCAGUUGUUCACCGAAUGAGCACGGAUACUCAGAACUAA